AUGGCCUACACGGCGACUUCACCACCGGCUCUGGAUGCCGACUCCCACCCCAGCUUAACACUUGCUACCUCACUCACCCGAUCUACUUCUCUCCACCAUGUUAUUACCUCACUACCGGGGCAGAAUGGUUCUGCCACGCCAUCUUUUACCUCAUCUCCCACAUCUACUCCCGCCUCCGCAUACUUCGCACCUAACACACCAAAUGGCUUCACACCCGCCGGCACUCCGCUACAACCACCCAGCGAGGGACCACGAGGCCGCAACUUUGAAUACCCUCUACAGAUACCUGCUCCGCUUGAGCUUGGCGAAUCCAUGAUGGCGAUUCCUGGCAACCCGAGCUCCCUAAACUCUAAUGACUGGAUUGCCCCGAGCUCAAAGGGACCUGGCUUGAUGCGGAGGAUAUCUCGGGGUGCGGCCAACAAGCUCACUCGAAGGAGACAAUCUGCUUCUCAGAACGAAAAACGAGAUCGAAGCUCCGGUCCCGUGAUCAUGCGCCGACGCAGUGAUAGCAAGACAGGCCCUCAGCCUGGUCGAGACAACGCAUUGGACUCUAGCAAUGAGGAUGAAGCUAGUGAAGCGUUGGACGGCCUGGGUGCGUGGGCUGGCUCUGAGCCCUCUAGCCUCCGCAGCGAAAGCCGAAUGGCGUCUGCUCGCGAGGUUGGUGCUGCUGCUGCCGCCGUGGCUGCCGCCGCUGUCGUUGCACCUAAGGUGGAUUCCGCGCUGCAGCGUGGAACUAUCCUGACCAAGCUCACGAAGAAACGGCGCAAGCAAGUGCGCUUCUUUUUGGACUUGGAUGCUGGCAAGGUCUUUUGGGAUCUUUCAAACCCCGCAAAGCGUUUUUACAUUGACGAUAUCAAAGAAAUUCGUGUGGGUGCGGACGCCCGCAACUACCGUGAAGAACAUCAAAUUCCUGAGGAUGCGGAGCGGAGGUGGUUUACCAUUGUAAUCGCGGAUUCGGGGAGCUUCAAGGGCCGAACAGUGAAGACCCUCCACCUCAUUGCCCCUUCUGACCACGUGUUUGAGCUGUGGACUACCACAUUAGAGCACAUUGCCCGGUACCGGAUCGGUCUGAUGGCUGGUAUGGCCGGCUCUGGCCAAAGUGAGACUGUCAUUCAAGCUCAUUGGCAACGUGAAAUGUCACGACUAUUCCCGCAGGGACCUCUUCCUGGCGAGGAACAAGGUCUUGACUUCUCCGCCGUCGAAACUGUUUGCCGGACUCUGCACAUUAACUGCUCGAAGAACAUGCUUCGGGCACAAUUUAGUAAAGCGGACGCUUCUCGAAACAACAAGUUGGACUACCCUGCAUUCAAAGAUUUCCUCUCACGCCUGAAGGAGCGCAAGGACGUUAAGGAGGUCUACAAGAGCCGUUCCAAGGACCCAAAGAUUGGCAUGACCCAGGACGAGUUCUUGGGAUUUCUUCAUGACGUGCAGAAAGAGGAUGUCGAUUCCGAUCGCACUUACUGGGUUGCGCUGUUCGACAAAUUCGUUCGCCGAUCCAAGCGUGGCUCUGAGGUCUCUGAGGUCUCUGAACUAACACCUACUCCGACUCGCAUGGAUCUUGAUACAUUCUCCUCUUAUCUGGCUUCUUCGAGCAACGGCAUCUACGCAUCCCGUGCCCCCCAGUCCAGAUUUGACCGCCCGUUGAACGAGUAUUUCAUUUCGAGCUCUCACAAUACCUAUCUGCUUGGCCGUCAAGUUGCCGGAGCUUCGAGCACUGAGGCAUACAUUAGCGCACUUCAGCAAGGUUGCCGUUGUGUUGAGAUCGACUGUUGGGAUGGUGCCGAUGGCCGUCCAAUUGUGUCUCAUGGACGAACCAUGACCACUAGUGUCUUGUUUGCUGACUGCAUUACGGUGAUUAACCGAUAUGCCUUCAUCUCAUCCGCCUUCCCGCUCAUCCUUUCCCUGGAGGUGCACUGUAACCCAGAGCAGCAGUUGGCCAUGGUCAAGAUUAUGAAAGAAACCUUUAAGGAACAACUGAUCCUUGAGCCAAUCAUGACCAACUACUUCAUUCUGCCAUCUCCAGAAGAGCUCAAGGGACGUAUUUUGGUGAAGGUCAAGACUUGCGACGAGACGCAGAGCGAUCCCCGCAUCGACACUACCAGCACUGUCGGCACCCAUGGCCGGAAGCGCAGCUCUAGUUCGCCGUUCAUUCGCCCGACUCCCUCACCUGAGUCUCUCAAUGGACCAAUCCAAUCACUUUCGAGCCCUCCUACGAUGAUUGGAGGUGCCGUUGAUGGCAUUGGCCCUCUUAUCUCGCAAGACAGACGCUCUCUCACGGCAAACAGUAUGAGUAGCGCCACAGAGGACAGCGACGGAGCAUUGAUCUCUGCCCACAGCGAGAAGAAGAAGCGACGACGCCAAAAGAGCAAGAUCACCAAGCCUCUCUCAGACCUUGGUGUCUACACUCGCGGCUACAAGUGGCACAGCUUUUCUUCGCCGGAGAGCAGAAAAUACAACCACAUCUACUCCUUUGCCGAGAGAUCCUUCGAAAGCAUUUGUCAGACCCACGACAACAAGGUUGCACUGGAAUCUCAUAAUCGGAAAUUCCUCACGCGCGUUUACCCUUCAGGUUUCCGACUUCGCUCAUCCAACUUUGAUCCUAACAAAUUCUGGCGCCGCGGUGUGCAGAUGGCGGCAUUGAACUGGCAGACUUACGACAUUGGAAUGCAGAUGAACCAAGCCAUGUUCGCGGCUGGAACUGAUCGCACUGGUUAUAUUCUUAAGCCCGAGAGCCUCCGCUUGCCAGUCCGGGAUAACGACAACCAGAAGCGCAAGACGGAACGACGAUUGGUUCGAUUCUCCGUUGAUGUGAUCUCGGCGCAGCAGCUUCCUCGACCUCGGACUAUUGGUCCGGAAGACAACAUCAACCCCUAUGUCGAGAUUGAGAUUUUCAGCGCUGAUGACCGAGGCCAGAGCUUGGCGUUCGGUGAAGGUGGCAUGGAUGCCUCUGCGCGGAGCGGAAGGUCAGGCAUUGGAUACCCGCAUCGUCGUCGCACCAAGAUUGAGCAGAGCAACGGCUAUAGCCCUGUCUUCAACGAUCAGUUCAAGUUGUCUCUCGAGACCAAAUACCCUGACCUGGUGUUCGUGCGUUGGACUGUCUGGAGCUCUUUGGAUGGUCGUAGCGCUGGCAACAAUAACAGCGUGCAGCUGGCUACCUUCACUGCUAAGCUCACUAGUCUGUCUCAGGGAUAUCGCUACCUACCUUUAUACGAUGGAAAGGGUGACCAAUAUUUGUUCUCGACUUUGUUUUGUCGGAUCUCUAAACAUGACCCUGUACCUGUUCAACGACUGGACUUGGAAGAACUCCGCGCCGAACGCAUGGGCAUCUUGCGACAAAUUGGCCAGACAGUGUUCAAACGUUCUUCAUCCACCGACCGUGAGAAGGAUCAAUGUCAAGAUCGGAGUGAUUCAGUGAGCCCUGAAGAAAAGGAUAGCUCUCCAAGCCUCACUCCGACCAUCUCCACUACAUCUACCUCAUCACUCGUGCCUUGA